UACGACGUGGAAGACCUGAAGAUUCAAGUCAAAUGGUCGAUGGUGACUUGGAUGCAAGGCUCAGACAAAUGGAAGCAGAUGAAAUAUUGGCUCGUCAACUUCAGGAACAGCUCUAUGAUGAGAUGCCUGGAGUUGGGUUUGGAGAGAAUGAUGCAAGUUUAGUGUGGAGGCUGCAACAACAGGAGCAACCGCAACACCUUUCCAUUGGAGGUCAGCACAGAUCAACUCCUAGAGAUUCUUCAAUGUCCCAUUUAUAUAGACAAUACACAUCCCAAUCUUUUGUGGACAACUCAGUUCUGCCAGCAAACCGUCAUUGCAGUUCUCUCUACAUGAGAACUGCACGUUUGAGAAACAAUCAUCAACGCCCUCAGAUGGUAUCAUCGUCUAGGGGGAGACAAACUCAGUUCCCUUCUACUGUGGAUAUUCAUUCGAGGAUGCGUAUAUUGGAAGCUUUGGAAGCAUUAAGUGAAAGAGGCACCAUGACGAUGGCUAGUCAUUUCCUUCAAAUUCAGCGUGAUUUCAAUGAGAAUGAUUACGAAAUGUUACUGGCCCUUGAUGAUAACAAUCACCAACAUGUUGGUGCAUCUGUUAACCAGAUUAAUGGCCUGCCACAGUCAACAGUUCAGACUGCAAGCUUCGAGGAAGCUUGUGUAAUCUGCCUUGAAACCCCUACAAUUGGAGAUGCUAUUCGGCAUCUACCCUGCUUGCAUAAAUUUCACAAAGAUUGCAUUGAUCAAUGGUUGAGAAGAAGUACGUCGUGUCCUGUUUGUAAGUCUGGCAUUAAUUCUGAAGGAAGUGUCUCCUGAGGACUCUUAAUUGAUCAACAUAGCCCCGAUGUUAUUUUUUUUGCUCAAGACGUUCGCAUUUUCUUUUAUAAUCUUCAAGUAAUUGUAACAUGUAUUUUAGGUUUAUCAUGGUGGAAUAGUAUUUACAUACACGAUUGGUUCAGGCUGUUCAGCGUUGUGAACCAUUUGUAAUGCUGCGGACAUCUUUAACUAGUAGUCUUCAGGAGAUUAGAAGCUCUUGGUUGAUGUGAAAUUAUGUGAUAUUUGAUUAGAAAUCACCCUAUGCAGGUAUAGGAAUACCUGCCGUUAGUUGGA